AUGGCAAACAGUUCACACCAGAGGGUGCCUUCGCAACAGAUCCCCGUUUCCUCGCUCCUCUCGCCACCAGAGAUGAAGCGCUCCGAGUCAUUUGGCUCCGUCGCACAGUCAAUUCCAGCCACGUCGUUUGGCUCCUUCGCCUCUAUGGCAUCGCAGCAAUCCAAGCCUUCAAUCCUUCCCUGGACACCAGAGGAUCCCUUCACAAAGCGCGACACCACCGCCACCUACGCCCUGGCUUCUCCACCAAUUUCGCCUUACGAGUCUUGCGUACAGAAAGAGAAUAUGGACAGAAUGGACGUGGAUCAUGUGCGGGACCCGCUGCUUUUCCGCCGCAGCGAGUCUGGCAGCUCAAUCGCCGCCGACGAGCCACUGUUCCCCCAAGAGCAGGUAGACCCUGCCUCUCAAGACCUCAUCACGAAGCACAUGAACUCCGCCGACUUUGCUGCUCUCAAGAGCAAGCCCGCCCGCGAAGACUACGAACUCGCCGUCACCUUUGUCUCCAAUGUCCACGACCUAUACCACAAGAACCCCCGCGCUUGGUUCCUGCAAGAGCGGAAGUUUGACCGGGAGAUUAGUCAGAAGAGGGCCGGCGUGCACAAGAGGGAGCCGCUGAAGAAACUGGCACCUGCACCUUCAUCGAGGUCUCAAGCCAAACUGCCAAAGGUUGGCAUCCCGCGCCUCCCUCGUUCUCCACGGACUCCACGAAUCCAGAAACGCACUCCCAGGACCCAGGUCUAUGACUCCUUCUCCGAGGCCGGUCCCAGCUCAGCCUCACCGAAGCCUGCACGACCGGCUGGAACACGCGAUGACACCGACUACAACUCGCUUCCGGAUUACUCACCACCUCUCAGCACACUCGGCGCAGGCAACAGCAGUGCACUCAAAACUGAGUGGAAGGGCUCAGCUCUCAAGCUUCAUGACGAUCCCGACCGUCACCUGCUGCACGAGGCUGAGGUCCCUUUGGCUGGCACACUUCGCCUGUCUUGCGCCACCUACCUUUGCAGCAAGCGUCGCAUUUUCCAAGCCCGCAUCGACGCCUUGAAGAUUGGCAAGGAGUUCCGCAAGACUGACGCUCAGCAGGCGUGCAAGAUUGACGUGAACAAGGCCUCCAAGCUUUGGGCGGUUUACGACAAGGUUGGCUGGUUUGACCCCAAGUAUUUCGUCCACCACAUCUAA